AUGUUCUUCCUGUAUUCCGGAUCAAAGAUUUUGGGAGCACAGACAAUUACUAAGAAUAUAUGUAAAUUCUUGGGUACUACAGUUGAGCCUAUUGUGAAGCCAGAAAUAAAGCGAAACUCGAUUUUCAUCAACAAUGAGUGGGUAGAGUCAUCUAGUGGGAAGACCUUCAACACUAUAAAUCCAGCAACUGGUAAAGUGAUAUGUCAAGUUUCGGAAGGGGAUAAGGCUGAUAUAGAUAAAGCAGUUAAAGCAGCUCGUAAAGCUUUCGAAUUUGGUUCCGAGUGGCGUACCAUGGAUGCAUCACAUCGUGGUGUAUUACUUCACAAAUUGGCUGAUCUUAUUGAACGUGACAGAGUUUAUUUGGCUUCUUUGGAAACACUGGAUAAUGGGAAACCGUUUGCUGAUUCAUAUAAUAUUGAUCUAGAUUUAGUGAUCAAAUGCUACAGGUAUUAUGCUGGCUGGGCAGACAAAUACCAUGGGAAAACUAUACCUGUCAAUGGAAACUAUAUGUGUUUCACUCUUCAUGAACCAGUUGGUGUUUGUGGACAAAUUAUACCGUGGAAUUUUCCACUUCUUAUGCAGGCAUGGAAGCUCGGUCCAGCAUUAGCGACGGGAAAUACAGUGGUAAUGAAGACAGCAGAACAAACUCCGUUGUCUGCGAAUUGGGUAGCUGAAUUAAUCAAAGAAGCCGGAUUCCCACCUGGUGUAGUGAACAUUGUUCCAGGAUUUGGUGAAACUGCUGGUGAUGCCCUAGUCGUUCAUCCUAAUGUUGAUAAAAUUGCGUUUACUGGUUCAACAGCUGUAGGACAAUUGAUUGGUCAGAAUGCUUAUAAACAUGGUGUGAAACGAAUUACUUUAGAACUUGGCGGAAAGAGUCCAUUAAUUAUUUUCAGUGAUGGUGAUUUUGAUCGAGCCAUAGCUACGUCACAUUUUGGUUUAUUUUUCAAUCAAGGCCAGUGUUGUUGUGCAAGUUCACGUAUAUUUGUCGAAGAAUCAGUUUAUGAUAAGUUUGUUGAAUAUAGUAGUGAAGAGGCUAAAAAACGUAUAGUUGGUAAUCCUUUUGAUUUAAAUACAACACAAGGUCCACAAGUUGAUGAACACCAAUAUCAAACUGUUAUGUCAUACAUUGAAUCUGGUAUAAAAGAAGGUGCCAAAUUAUGUGCCGGUGGCAAACAAUCUGAAUCAGAUGGUUAUUUCAUUCGUCCUACAGUUUUUGCUGAUGUUCAAGAUGAAAUGCGCAUUGCUCGUGAGGAAAUAUUUGGACCUGUAAUGCAAAUUAUGAAAUUUCGAUCAUUAGAUGAAUUGAUACAUAGAGCAAAUCAUACACAAUAUGGUCUUGCAGCUGGUAUAUUCACUAAUAAUUUAGAAAAAGCUAUGCAUGUUAUGCAACGUUUACAGGCUGGCACUGUUUGGAUCAAUUGUUAUGAUGUUUUCGAUGCUGCAGCACCUUUUGGAGGUUAUAAGUUUUCUGGAGUUGGUCGAGAAUUAGGUGAAUAUAGUUUACGAAAUUAUACAGAAGUCAAAACUGGGGUACCAGAUAUAUAUGCGCCACACAAAACAAUGAGAAUGGAAAGAGAAAAAGAAGGGGAAACGGAAAGGCACAAUCUGAAAGAAUUCUUUCAUUUAAUGAAGUUACAACCGCUUUAUUGAGAAAGUUAAAGGUUACAGCAGGAUUGCCUCUGGCUUCUAUUCUGAGCCACAUCUAAUAAUGUCUCUAGCCACUGUGUUGCACCGUUUCUUGGACUCCAGCCAGGGAAUCGUGAAGGACCAACAGAACCCAGUCUUUUGCAGCUUUCUUUCAUACCACGACACCAUGUCAUAUACUGACCAGCUCUCCGCUUUUUCCAACCAGUCCCAGAGUUGGCAAAUAAUGCACGACGUGGAAUUCUCUGGGACGACAUUCGUAGAACAUGUCCAAGCCACCGAAGUCGAUGUUUCAAGAUGGUGACACCAAUUGCAUUAUCGUCUCUGUGCUCACAGAAGGUACCUCAAGAUUUAGGGUUUGCAAUGAAUUUGUAUUUAUUGAAUAAUUGUGCCGUUUAUACACAAAUAGUCUUUUCUAAACCUCGGUUUCAUGUGCAUUUUAAUCGUG